AGUACAUAUGCAGUCGCACGAGCGACAUGCUUGUGUUGAACUCAAUAAUAGGGAAAAAUAUAUAUAUCAAAGAUCGACAUUGUGGAGCAAAUAAUGGUAUGUGUGCGGCGACUUUGAAAGCUUAUGAACAAUAUAAAUGCACAAUUAAAAGAACAUCAAGAAGACACCUGCUGUAAUCAACCUUUGAGGAAGUACAAGAAUGUCAGGGCUUAUGUUGAACCUGGAUUAUGAGCCUAUUAGUGGAGGCAAAUCAGGUAAAUCCAGAGGAAAUGCUAAACAUGAACGUUUCCUAGGAAGGAGACAUUACCUGGAGCAAAAGGGUUUUUUAAAAGAGAAACAAAAUAAAAAGCGAAACAAAAACAAGCAGAAAAAUAAAAAAAAGUACAUGCAGUUCAAUGGAGGCGAUCAAUCAAACCCAGGUGCUAUUUUUCCCAAAGUGACCUCUUAUCUGCCUAAUAAGACAAGUGAGCCUUCUGGUUCUGCACAGAUGUUUUCCACAUUUUCAUUUCCAUCCACUGCCUCCACAUCUCAAAGACAUCCGACAGACCAAGCGGCACCCCGCACCCUCGGACCUUUGAAAUAUGUGGCAAUGGACUGUGAGAUGGUGGGAACAGGACCGAAGGGGUGCCGCAAUGAACUCGCCCGCUGCAGUAUCGUCAACUACGAGGGUGAUGUGAUUUAUGAUAAAUAUAUCAAACCCAUCGAUCCAGUGACAGACUUCCGCACUCGCUGGAGCGGAAUCAGGAGGCGGGACCUCCUCCAUGCCAUACCCUUUGAACAUGCACAAAAAGAGAUUGUGAAGAUAAUAACAGGGAAAGUGGUUGUGGGCCAUGCCAUCAAUAAUGACUUCAAGGCCUUAAAAUAUUUCCAUCCUGCUUGCCAAACACGAGAUACGGCACGGAUUCCACUGCUAAACCAGAAAGCUGGGCUGCCUGUGAAUGAAAUGGUGUCUCUGAAGAGGCUCACUAAGGCUAUUCUCAAAAAGGACAUACAGACAGGGAAGGGAGGCCACUCAUCAGUAGAAGAUGCCAAAGCCACCAUGGAACUGUACAAAGUAGUGGAAACCAUGUGGGAGCAAAAACUCUCAGCUCUCAGCCUUCCAGCUGAAGCAAUGGAUCCAGCGCAGAAUCAGAAAAUAUAAGAGUUUUUUUUAAAUAUAAGAUUUUUUACUUCCCAUCUUUUAUAUUAGCAAGACAUCUCAGCAAUGCUUGGUUUUAAAUUCCACUAGGGGGCUCUUCAGUUUCUGUAAAAAAAGAAAAGUGUCUUUAAGGAACACACCAGUGUUUUUGAAAAUAAGCUCAUUUUCCAACUGCCCUGGAGUUAAACGGUUGAGUUUUAAUGUUUUUGAAUCCAUUAAGCUGAUCUCCGGGUCUGGCGGUAGCAUUUUUAGCUUAGUUUAGCAUAGACCAUUAAGUCUGAUUAGACCGUUACCAUCUUGCUCAAAAAUGACCAAAAGUUUCUAUAUUUUUCCUACUUAAAACAUGAGUCUUCUGUAGUUACAUCGUGAACCAAGACUGACGGAAAAUGAAAGGUUGUGAUUUUCUUGGCCAAAUGGCUAGGAACUAUACUUUCAUUCCGGUGUAAUCAAGGAACUUUGCUGUGUACCAUGGAUGCAGCAGACGCAGUGAUAUCACGCAGCGCCUGAAAUAGUCCCCAGCUAGUUUGUGUAGUUGCAGCAAUAGCAGAAAAUAGCAGCUAAAAAGUGCUACCGCCAGACCAUGAGAUCGGCUGAAUGGAUUAGAAAAUGGUAAAACUCAACAGUUUAACUCUAGGGGAGUUGGAAAAAUGAUCUUAAAGUUAGCUAUUUUGGAUUGCUGGUUAUUUAAAGCAAUUAGGUUGCAGAUAUUUAGGUUUUAAUCUAAUUUUAAACAUUACGUUUGGGUUAUGUUCAGAAUCUUUGCAGAAAGUAAAAAAAAAAAAAAAAUGCUCUUGCAGUUCCUCUCUCCGGCUCUCUUUCUGAUGUCUGAGUCAGCAUUCCUCCUUUACUGUGAAUUCAACACCACCACAUGAAUUACUGUUCCUCCUGUAUUUAACUGUCCAAAUGAACAGGGCCUCAACUGCCAUCCUUGAGAUUACUGUCAAAGUUUUUUACUUCCAAACCCACUCCGUCAUCACUCAGUCUGUGUUUUAGAGUCCGGUCGCGCCACUUUGGUGAUGUUUGGGAAGCAGUCAGAUGUUCCUUUCCCACCAGUUUCCCAACAGUUGAAUAUGCUCGUAAUGGACUGAUUUUUAGCCUUAAUUGGAAUCAGAAGGUUUCAAUCCAACAUACUGUUGAACACAACCUGAUACUUGCAUUGCAGGGAGUAAUCUCACCUUUUGCAUCUUUUUUGUAUUUUAAGUAUUCUCAAAAAUAUGCAAAACUGAUUUAACAUAGACCAUUUAGGGCCACACACUUAAAAUGGCUGUAAAAACUUUUAGUGCAAAAGUGUUCUCUGGUGACAGCUGUUAUAUUAUCUGUGAGGUUUGCCUCAGCCACCAGUGUCUUACUCUAAAACAUGGAUAUUUUUGACAUUAUAGUUCAGGUUUUGUCAUUUUUCUUGUUAAUCUCUGUAUAAUACCAACAUUUGAUUGUGUCACUGCAUUAAAAAUAAACCAGAUUAAACCAAAUUUUACAAUUUAAUUAAUA